AUGGCUUUGACAGUGGCCAUCCAUUCAGCCGGCUGGCAUCACGAAGGGAAGCAGUUCAUGUGUAGUCACUCAGACGGCAGCCUGUCCAUGUGGAACCUCAGAAACACCCUCAAGCCAUUCCAGGUCACCUUCCCUCAUGGAAAGAUACAGAAGGAUGGAAGAAAGGAGUCCUGUAAACCCAUCCUCAAAGUGGAGUACAAGACCUCGAGGAGCAGCGAACCUUUUGUCAUCUUCUCGGGGGGGCUUUCGUAUGACAAGGCGGGGCGGCGGCCAACGCUAACCAUCAUGCACGGCAAGGCCAUCACCGUGCUGGAGAUGGACUAUCCUAUAGUGGAGUUCAUGGCACUCUGCGAGACUCCUUACAACAACGAGGUCCAGGAGCCUUAUGCAGUGGUGGUGCUUUUGGAGAAAGACUUAAUCGUGGUGGAUCUGACACAGAGCAACUACCCUGUCUGUGAGAAUCCUUACCCCAUGGACAUCCACGAGUCUCCAGUCACCUGCACGGCCUAUUUUGCGGACUGUCCGCCCAACCUUAUCCCCAUCCUCUACUCCAUAGGAGCUAAACACAAGAAGACCGGCUAUAGCCAAAAGGAGUGGCCGAUUGCCGGAGGAUUGUGGACGUUAGGUUGCAACACCUACCCAGAGAUCAUUCUCACAGGACAUGCUGAUGGAUCAAUUAAGUUUUGGGACGCAUCUGCAAUCACACUACAGAUGUUGUACAAGCUGAAGACCUCCAAAGCCUUUGAGAAGCCAAAGCCAGUAGAAGGCAGGGCAGCUGACUUGAUGGAGGAAGACCCCUUCGCUGUCCAGAUGGUCAGCUGGUGCCCCCAGAGUCGUAUCCUCUGUGUGGUCGGCAUAUCAGCUCACAUCAUUCUGUAUCGCUUCAGCAAAUAUGAUGCCAACACUCAGAUUACGUCAUUGGAGGUGCGCCUACAGUGUGAGUCGGAGGAUGUCAUCUCUCCGUCCGACAAUGAAAACAACCCGUGCUUCUCUGAGUCCGGCUCCCACUCCCCGCAGACCCACCACUAUCACCCAGCCAGCCCCGGCAGCAAGACCCCUGAGGGGAACAAAGACACCAUCCCCUGCCUUAAGGUGAAGGAGCGGAUGGUCAGGGUCCCUCCUGGCUACCAGGCAGAGCUGGUCAUCCAGCUGCUGUGGGUCGAUGGAGAACCUCCACAACAGAUCACCAGCCUGGACAUCAACUCUGCCUAUGGCCUCUUGGCGUUUGGGAACUGUAAUGGCCUAGCAGUGGUGGACUACUUGCAGAAAACCAUCCUGUUGUGUAUGUCCACACUGGAUCUGUAUGGAGGCGCGGACCCUUACCAGCGCCUUACCCGCUCCCCCCGCAGGAACAGACAGUCCACCUCAGACUUUAGCAUGCGUGGCCUGUCUAACUUUUAUUCAGAUUCAAAGAAAAGGUUCCGUACAUCCUAUCAGAGCCUUACGGAACUCUCUGACAACCAGCAGUCCAUUGACAUGGAGAGAAGCAAGUCGCCCACCUCAGUUCAUUACCCAACCUCCCUUCACAAUGACCCACGCGUCCUGCCCGAGCCUGUGGCCAGUCUGAGAGCCAGCCACUGCAGUCCAGUCUUUUACUUGCUGGACAAUGUAAAGGGACCCGGCAGAAAGUUAAGUCUGCCGACAGAUCUUAAGACUGAUCUUGAUCAUGUCAAUGGACAUUGCACUAGCCCCACCUCCCAGCCAUCGGCAGGGAAGCCUCGUGUCCCGAUGGGUUCCGAGGGGCCACGGCUUACCCGCAGAGGCCCUGGCCGACCGCCCUUCCGCAAGGCCCAGUCUGCUGCUUGCAUGGAGAUCUCUUUGCCUGUGUCCCACACUGAAGGUUAUGCGUCCAGGAGGGCAAUGCUUCAGCAGUUUCACGGAGUCACUAUGUACUCCCAUGACGAGCAUCACAGCACCCCCCCCUACAGCUGGACUGACAAAGAGAGUCGUGAAAACUCCUUCAGCCGCUCACGCAGUUCCAGCGUGUCGAGCAUCGACCGGGACACCAAAGAGGCGAUCACCACGCUGCAGUUUGGAGAGUCCUACGGGCGCAAGAACGACGCCCUGCCCAACCCAUGUCUGUGGGUGGGCACCAGCUUAGGCGUGGCCCUGGUCAUCCCAAUGUCCAUUCCCACAGACCACGAGGAGAGGAUGGAGGUACCAGUGACCAUGGGCCCCAGCGGCACGGUGCUGAUGCUGAAGGGCUCAGUUUUACGAUUUGGCUUCUUGGACUGCAUGGGAUCGCUCAUUCAGAGCCCCUACGAGGUUUGGCGGGACCUCAACGGGCCCGAGGACCCUGACCGCGUGCGGAAGCGCAAGCUGGUCCACUUCUCGCCGUCGUCCUCCCAGGACUCCUGCGGAGAGGGACAUCUGGCUGUGGUGUGCUCCGAGAGGCAGGCCAAAGUUAUCCUGAUGCCCUCGCAGUCCGUCCUCUUCGUCCACAACAUCACCGAGUCGUCCUUCGUGCUGCGCGCCGACGUGGUGUCUGUGAGCAACAGUGUGUGCCUGGCCUGCUUCUGUGCCAACGGGCACAUCAUGACUCUCAGUUUGCCCAGCCUAAGACCGCUGAUGGAUGUUAAUUACCUGCCUCUGACUGAUAUGCGCAUUGCAAGAACCUUUUGCUUCACCAACGGGGGGCAGGCUCUAUACCUCAGCUCCCCCACAGAGAUCCAGAGAAUUACAUACAGCCAGGAGAUGUGUGACAACCUGCAGGAGAUGCUGGGGGAGCUGUUUACACCUAUAGAAACACCAGAGGCCCAGAAUAGAGGCUUCCUAAAGGGCUUCUUCGGAGGAAACUCUCAUAACUUCGACAGAGAAGAGCUAUUUGGCGAGGCAUCAGCUGGGAAGGCUUCGCGCAGCCUGGCCCAGCACAUCCCCGGGCAGGCGGGCAUGGAGGGCAUGAAGGUGGCAGCGAGCGGGGUGGUGGGGGACCUGGCCCGGGCGCGCAUCGCUCUAGACGAGAGAGGCCAGCGGCUGGGGGAGCUGGAGGAACGCACCGCCCUCAUGAUGACCAGUGCAGACGUCUUCUCCAAACACGCUCAUGAGCUGAUGCUAAAGUGCAAGGACAAGAAGUGGUACCAAUUCUAAAAACAGGGAGGAGAUCUGAGGCUGCGCUCGGACUGCUGGGAGCUUAACGCCGGUACAGAGACUUUCACUCUACAAAUGAGAGCAAUUAAAAGAGAGACUCAGGAGUGACUUUGUCUUUACGGCUUCUGGACUGGCUGCGGCACUGUCACAUUGUUGAAGGACGGGGACGUGUUGGUUCCUUGUCUAGACAUGUAGUGAUGAGGACAGAAAGGAAUGGCGAUGUUUGAUGGUCUGAAGAUGGAACUGGAAUAAUCCGACAAGUCUGUCUGUGCGUGUGCGGGUGUGUGUGUGUGGUUGUGCGGGUGUGUGUGUGUAUGUCUGUGUCUGUGUGGUUGGGUUUUCUGGACCUCACUGUGUAGAUACUCAAGAUGAGAAACCAACAUGAAAUGCAUGAAACAAAAUGGAUGACUAUUAAAAAUAUCCAACUGCCAUAUAAUAAAGCAGCAUGCUACUUUAACAGGAGAUACACAAAUAAAAAAAAGUUUUAUUUAAUGAUAUAAGCCAACAACAGAACCUAUAAAAAACUUUAUAUUUUUUGAAAUAUUGACAGAAAACUAUAUAUAAAAAGGGAAAUGUAUACCUGCAUUGCUAUUAAGCCAAAACUUGUGUUCCUUUCCCUUUAAUUUUGGUUUUUUUUAAUAAUUUUUUCUUAGUCUCAGCCAAUAUGUAAUGCCACAAUAUAGAUGCACAUAGUACGCUUUCUAUACACACACUUAGAAUAAUGCUCUGUUCUUACUCUGGGCUGCACAGGGCAAACACAAAUCUGUUGUAUUUACACUUACCUCCGCACAGUGUAACCACGCUAAUAUCAUUUUUUCGGCUGCUACUUAAAAAAAUGAUUAAAUGAUGAGUAAUAUCUCACAUACCCAACUACAGUUGUACGGAAACAGAGAGCAGGUUGUUGUGAGAGAGGCUAAAAGCAUAUUCUGUACACAGUGUGUUUAUAGCUAUAGUAUGAACCUAUAUACUAUUCACGUGCCAUAAAAAAACAAGAUGAGUGGAUCCACUCACGGAAAACGUACUAACAAAGAGCUAACAUGUGAAAGUCAUCAUGUUUCCUGUUUGAUCAGAACAGAUGAGACAUUGAGUUGGACUUGGAGGGCAUUUAUCAGACUCACAGUUAUCUUUAUGAAAAGAAAUUGAGGGUGUUUUUUAUUUUUGGGGUUUUGCUGGUUCACCAUUUUAGUCUUUAGCUGCCUUUGUCAGACGUAUGAGUCAAGUGAGCCAUUAGGUGUGUGUGUUUGUGUGUGUGAGAGAGAGAGACAGAGAAAGGGUGCCAUAAACAUGAAUGACACCCUCCCAUUUCUCUAUCCCUCUGUCUUCUGGAAGUUGUGGUUUAUGCGUUUUUACCUGAGCUCCUCUCAUGAUCACAAACAAUAAUUUCAAUGAUUGUCAGUGUCUUUGUGACGGAAGAGGAGUUGGAAUCACACACGCUACCAACUCCCUUGUGAGUCGUUAAUCAGUAAAAGAUUCAGGAGAAGUAACAGUAUUUUGUUUUCAGUGAUGUUCAGAUGUGAGUCAGUGAAAAAACUAUGUACAUGUGUAAAACAUUUGCGGUAAUUUCAUCCGAAGGCAAAUAUGUUCUUAUUUUCGUUCAAUAUUGUUCUUGAUGACUAUGAUAUCCUCUCGUCGCAGUCCUAUUUGAUAGUGAUGGCCUCUCAGCUGAAGGCUCUUGUAUGUUAAAAACAACAAAUGUUUCAUGAUACAUGGUUGUGUAUCAUAUUGUGAUUGUGUUGUACAUGUCAAUGGGUAGCCACAUGACACGGGCAAACAGCAUUAACUGAGGAGGAUAUUUUGUACUUGUGUAUAUGUCUGUAUCUUGACUUGAUCUGAAAAACCAAACAGAGGAUUGUUGAUAUCCAUUUCUCACACAUCAGGCCUUUAUGAACACGAGCAUUAACACUUAAAAAGCGUUGCGCCUUGACCAUGUUGACGUCACUCCUACAUGAAAUAUGCACAGCCACACAUACGCUCAAAACCUGAAAAAAUAAUACUUAAUUACUUACUAGCAUAAUCUAUCUGCAUUGCUAGUCAUUUCUGCUGAGGCAUUUCUUCAGUUUAAAUUGCCUUCAAACCCAUUUUUUCUUCCACCACACCCGACCUGAAAUCCCUAAAGCAGUGCCAUGCAGAUUUUUUGAAAUUACACAUGAUUUGAUUGAAUGAGGUGUCUUAAACAUGUCAGAAAAAAUAAAUGACUCUCCUAUCUCUGUACCGUUAAUGAGAUUUGUGUUCAGUGCAGUUCUUUCAAUGGCAGAGAAAAAAAAUCGCAAAAAAACUAAAACAAAAGGAAAUAAAAACAAAACAAUUCUGACUUCUACUGACAGGGUGUUUUGUUAGUAUGUUUUCGGUUUGUAUGUUUUUGGUUUUUAUAUUACCUGUACAGUUCAAUCUUGGGAGGAAGGUGAAACAAAAAAUGAUAAAAGAUAAAGACAUUUUCGGGAUAUUUUUCUCUGUAUAUGUUGUACCUGUUACUGCUGGUACUGUAUUCUGGUAUUCUGGCUCUGUCUAAAUCACUGGGACUCUGUAGUUCCUAACACUGUAGUAUUCUGGAAAAGCAUUUCUCUGUUUUUCUCAAUGAUGGCAGCAAAGUUUGUCUUAUUUAAAUGGAUUCUACCACUUUUUGUUCUUAUUGAUAUUAUAUUAGUGUAAUAGAAAUUACUUGACAAAAAAGAACUGAAAAUAUGUUGAUGCAAAAGCAAACUGAAAUAAACAUUGAUUGAUGUACACAGUUGAGAGCUCUGUGUUUUCUGACUUGCACAAAGUACGACGUUAUGAAUUACUAAGGAUCUUGACAUCCUCAUAUCAAGGAUGCUAGCUUG